UCCCUUGGUUCAUCCCCCUGGUCCGUCCCCUGGUCCGUCUCUCUGGUCUGAGGCGUCUCAUAAAGGCGGCGUCCUCCUCGUAGAGACCCAUCUUUGGCUGCUGGAUCAUCGGAACCUUCAUCCUCAUCAUCCUCCAUCUCUGCUAAAGCUGCUGUAAUUCAGGAAGCUGUGUCUUCCAGCUCAGCUGAUUGGCUGCCUUCAACAUGCUCCGUCCCCUGCUCCUCCUGUCAGCCGUUGCCAUGGUGACAGCUUCUGUAAAAACCAUCAGAAGCGACCAGAAUGUCAGCAUCAGCUCCUGUCCAAUCAGAUACUACGGUGUGGAGUACAACAACAUCUAUAUAAAAUUUACGAACAACAAACUCGCCAUCUGUUUCGACGCCAUGUACAAUGUUACGGCUGUUGGCGACUGCAUCAUCGGACCGAAACCGGUGGCGUCGGUGGACUUCAGUAUUCUUCAAACAGCGGUGAGAAGUCGCUUUCAGAACGUGAGCGGCACGUCAAACUGCAGCGUGAAGUUUGAAGCUCAGUUAACCAGCGGACGCUUUACACUUAAUUUAUUCAACUUCGGCACUGAAGCAGUGAUGUCUGUCACCUCCACUGGGGCAAUGAAAUUUGAGGCGAUGGUGAACGGCACCACGGUCGAUACGCUAAACCUCCCAUCAGCAACCGCUCAUGUGGACAUCAGCGGAUGCAGAGACGCAGGUGCUGUGUAUAAACCUGGUUCGGUGGUGAGUUCUGAUCCAAACACCUGCUUCACUCGCACCUGUGACCAGGUUGCAACCGUCCAGAAUUCAGCUUGCGGCGCCUUGGAGACGUGUCUAGGCAACGGGAGCUGUGGUCAUGGCGCCAUCUGCACUGUGACUGCCAACACCGUCAUCGACAUCCACGGAAAGCUGAAAACCAUCGAGGAUCGCUGUUCCUACACUCUGCUGUCGGCGCCGUCUGACCCAGACUUCCAGAUUGUGGCCCACUUCCGGGAACGGCGGCGCACAGACGUGAGCUUCUUGGAGAGUGUGGUUCUCCAGCUGAACGACGUGGGCUUUCACAUCCACCUGGACCAAGGAAACAGAGCUUCACUCAACGAGUCUCUGCUGAGCCUCAACAGUUCGGUCCGCAGCGUUCAGGGAGUCCUGAUGUCCAGAGACCACCGAGGAGUCACCGCCGAGGCGUCGCUCAGCGGCUCCACCGCCUCGGUGUUCUUCGACGGCCACAUGGCUCAGAUCCACGUCGAAGGUCCUGCUGUGAAAACCCUCGGAGGUCUGUGUGGAAAGUCCAGCGCUGAUCUGAGUCGGCUGAGAAGCUCCGACAGCAGCUGUCAGAAGAAGCACCAACAGUCUCCUGACAGCAGCAUCGAUUGCAUGGCUGUGGCUGAACGAUGUAGCCUCCUGAAUAAGCCGCCCUUCGACAUCUGCCACCAGCACAGCGGCCCACAGCCCUUCAUCACCGCCUGCAGCCAGACUCUGUGUGAAUAUCCGGCUCUGGACGGCUUCAACUGUCAGUUCCUGGAGGCCUACGCCAGGAGCUGCCAGCUGAACAACGUCACCCUGAAGAGCUGGAGGCCCGGAGCUAGCUGCCCCUCCCCUCAAGCCUUCUGUCGGGACAGAACCUGCAGCGAUCAUGAGUUUUGCGGAGAGAAGACGCUCGGCGGCGAAACCCGCUGCUUCUGUCGAGCCAUUUUCGCCUCCAAGUACCGGACGUCGGACACUUUGGGAGAACCAACGGUCUGCAAUCAGAGCUCUGCUUCGGUCAUUCUGGUCGGCUGCCUGCUGGAGGACAAAGGCAUCAAACACUCGGCGCUACACCUCAACGACGACACCUGCAGGGGCGUCAUGGACCCGCUGGACCACAUGGUGACCUUCAGCUUCAACGGAACCAACAACUGUGGAGCCGAGGUCACGACCGAUGGCAACAAAGUCAUCUACACCAACACCAUCAAGACCGGAAACAUCACCACCGGAGUCAUCACUCGCCAUGACCAGGUCUACAUCAACUUCUCCUGCAUUCACACUCAGCCGGAGGUCAAGACUGCGGCCUUCAAGAUCAAAGACAGCUCUGUGAUGGAGAACAUCACCACCGGAGCCUGGAACUACACCCUGACCAUGAGGGCCUACAGCGACCCAGGCCUCUCCCAGGUCGUGGACUCCAACACCGAGGUGCAGCUGAACCAGAAGAUCUGGGUAGAGCUGAACACUGUGGGGCUGGAGGGAGGCCUGGUCGCCCUGGUGACCGACUCCUGCUGGGCCACCAAAGACCAGCCACCAAACUCUACCGUCAGACACGACCUGAUCUCCAAUGGCUGUGCAGAUUCUGGUGACCAGACGGUGAAAGUGAUGGGAAACGGACUGGGAACCUCCAACUCCUUCUCCUUCAACAUGUUCCAGUUCUCCGGCAGCAGCACUGACGUCUACCUGCACUGCAAACUGGAGCUGUGCGUCAAAAGCAGCAAGAGCUGCGAACCGACCUGUAGCGGAAACAGUCGGAAACGCAGAUCUGUUCGAUACAGCGCCACCUUCAUCAGCAUGACGUGGACCAAAUAGGUGGUUCCCACAGCCACUUGGACCGACUUCCAUGAUGAUCCCUAAUGUUGACUGGUCCUGAUGCUGAGCCUGGAGGUGUGGAAGUAUUGCGAGGACAGGACCAAACUGUCCUCUGUGACGGCAGAUAUUUACUCUCGGUGAAGGGAAGUUUGUGGGCUGCAUUUACUGAAACGUGGUCCGAUAUCACCUCAUCUCCCAGCAUGCCUCAGGGCUGUCAGAUGUUGGGUUAGAAGAAGCAUUUUUACUUCUCAGUCUGCUACAGCUGAAGAUAUUUGAGGCACAAAUAUGCAAAACUAUCAAGUAUUUCAGAGAAUAAACAAAGAUGCAGUCAUUCAUAGAUGUCCUCUGGGGCGCAGACAUUUAAAGGUGAAAACAAAUUUUAAAAGUAGUUCUGAAACGAGCUCAGGGAAACGGUGACUGGAAAGAACGUAACCUCUGUUCUUACUGUGUGAUUUCUACCAGUUUUCUGGAUUUCAUUUCUGUUGGACGAUUCUAUUAAAAAUCAACCGAUCCUCAUAUCAGGUCAGAGCCAAAAGAUCAGUUUGGUUGAGCACAAGGUUGGUUAAGUUGAUGUGAAGCAUGGUGGUGGCAGCAUCAUGACGUGAAGCAUGGUGAUGGCAGCAUCAUGAUGUGAAGCAUGGUGGUGGCAGCAUCAUGAUGUGAAGCACGGUGGUGGCAGCAUCAUGAUGUGAAGCAUGGUGGUGGCAGCAUCAUGAUGAAACAUGGUGGUGGCAGCAUCAUGAUGUGAAGCACGGUGGUGGCAGCAUCAUGAUGUGAAGCACGGUGGUGGCAGCAUCAUGAUGUGAAGCAUGGUGGUGGCAGCAUCAUGAUGUGAAGUGAAGCACGGUGGUGGCAGCAUCAUGAUGUGGGGAUGCUUCUUUUACUGUGCAAACUAUGAUACAUCACAUAAUAUUGAUACGAACCGAAACCAGAUUUAAUGUUUAAAUUGUGACACCCGGCGUCGAUGUAAAACUGAUUUUGGCUUUUGUCUUUUUCUGUCUCUUCUGUGUCAUUUGGUGCCUGAUUUUUCUCUUUUUUUUUUGCUAUUUCUGUUAUUUAGUGUUUUGCUUUUUUCAUCUUUUUGUGUCUCGUUUUCAUCAUUCUGUCUUAUUUUGUUGUUUUAUGUCUUGUUUGUCUAAUUUUGUGUCUCUUGAUUAAUUUCGUUUAAUUUUUGACUCAUUACUGACUCUUUUUUAUCUUGGUCGUGUAGCUUGUAUUUUCCUUUUGUGUUUUGUAAAGUUUCAUCUCCUUUCGGUUGUUCCGAGUCUCGUUUGUGUCGAGGCACGGUGGUGGCAGCAUCAUGAUUUUGUGAUUUCUAAAGUUGUCGGUAGACCUAGGUAGGUCUGCUCUAGAACUUUCUACAGGGGAUGUUCUCCUGUAGAAAGUUCAAGAGAGUUCUAGAGUAGAGCUACCAACAGCUUUACAGUUCUCGGUAGGUCUAGUCUAGAACUUUCUCCAGGGGAUGUUCUCCUCUAUGGACUUAAAGGAUCUGGAACUCUGGAAAUAUUCACAGUCUGAAGGUAGAACUCUAAAGUUACAGCAGAUAAAUAAAUGAGGAUCAUUAAGAGUCCAACAUUUGAUUGAAACUUUUUGCCUUUGAGGUGGGAACGUUGGUCCAUGUUUCAGUUUUCCUGUUGUUGUUGUUGUUGGAAGCAGCAGCGUUUGUUUCCUUUACUGUCUGUUCAGCAUCUGAAAGACCAAAAAAAUCAAAAAUAAAUAAAGGAUUUGGGUCAACAGCA